AUGGAUCAAUUUGAUGUGCAACAAUUGUUCUUGGCAGCCAUUCAGCAAUGUUCUCUGCAUAUUCAAAUCAAUGCUAAACUGCAAUGUUAUUCCAGUGUGAUAACCCUAAUCGUUAAUGAGACGAGCACUUUUGCAAAUCGUUCCCAAAACGAAGUUGAGCACUGCGUGAGAUACCAAAUAGAUCGCUUAGUUCAAAGUUUGGGAAAAGCUACGGAAAAUUACGAAAAAUGUAUCCGUGAAAGUUCUCCGCCACACUGGACACCACCGCAGUGGAAUACAACUGUAGCGCCUCCAAAUGCAACAUGGAUUCCACCAAAUACAACAUGGGUACCACCAAAAUGGAAUACAACUCAGGCCCCAGCAAGCACAACAUCGAUCCCACCAAACACAACAUGGGUUCCACCACACUGGAAUACAACUCAGUCGUCUCCGAAUUCAACGUGGAUUCCACCAAAUUCAACAUGGGUUCCACCACAAUGGAACACAACUCAGGCAUCAUCAAGCACAGCAUCGAGUCCACCAAACACAACAUGGGUUCCACCACAAUGGAAUACAACUCAGUCGACUCCAAAUUCAACAUGGGUUCAACCACAAUGGAAUACAACUCAGUCGACUCCAAAUUCAACAUGGUUUCCACCACAAUGGAAUACAACUCAGGCAUCAUCAAGCACAGCAUCGAGUCCAACAAACACAACAUGGGUUCCACCACAAUGGAAUACAACUCAGUCGUUUCCAAAUUCAACAUGGAUUACGCCACACUGGAAUACAACUCAGGCACCAUCAAGCACCACAUCAAUUCCACCAAACACAACAUGGGUUCCACCACAAUGGCAUACAUCUCAAUCGUCUCCUAGUUCAACAUGGCAAACAACUGUUAACGUAACAGGAGCUGCAGAAAUUCCAGGAACUACAGAAAGCAAUUCAGAAGGCGAAAAUAUUUGGAAAAAGAUUUGGCAGAGCAUUAAAAAUAUAUUUUAA